AUGGCAAAGAGACCAAGAUUUAAUCUCAGAGGACCACUUAUAUUAUGGAGUUCAUUACUUUCAUUGUUUUCCAUUAUUGGAGUAUUUAGAACAUUACCAGAAAUGAUUCAUAUAUUAACACAUCACGGUUUUUAUCAUAGUGUUUGUAUACCUAGCUUUAUUGAACAGGACGUAGUAUGUGGUUUUUGGUCAUGGAUGUUUGCUCUAUCAAAACUUUUGGAAUUUGGCGACACAAUAUUUAUAGUAUUACGAAAACAAGAAUUAAUUUUCCUACACUGGUAUCAUCACAUAACAGUUCUUCUUUAUUCAUGGUUCUCAUAUUCAGAACAUACUGCAUCUGCGAGGUGGUUUAUGGUGUUAAAUUAUUUUGUGCAUUCCAUAAUGUAUGGUUAUUAUGCUCUGAAACUUCCAUUAUAA